UCAUCAUCAUCAGCGACAGUCAGACAGACAAACCUGAACUCAGAAGCAGCCAAUCAGAGUCCAGCAUUUGUUGCCGUGACGAUGGCGAGCGGCCUCCUGAGGAUGAUGGGAAAUGUUUCUGUGUCCACUCUGACUCGUCCCAAAGACAUCCUGAGGGAGACGAAGAAGACGAUCUACAGCAAACCUCCCAGGAACAAGAUCGGAGCCACGCAAAGUUUCUUCGUCAUAUCGGUGUUUGCGGUGGCCAUGUUGACUCCGGCCGCCUGGAUCCUUCAUCACCUGCCUGAGUACCGCCAGAGGUCCCACCAGACGCCCAGACACUGACCUUCAUCCUCCUCAUCAUCAUCAUUGUCACCACUGACAGCUUCACCCAUCAACGCGUUAUAAACUAUAAUCAAUAAACGUAUCAGAUCAAUGUUUCACAUUUCAUCAUUAAUAUUAAUAA